GGGGAGCAGAGUUGCCAAGGAGUGAUGAGUGAGAUUCUGUUCUUUUCUUCUCAGCCACUGUUCUCACAUACGAUGAUUAAGGACAGCAGACUACACACUAAUUCCAUCAUAAGGAACACAUUUUUCUCUGAAAUUGGCAUUGGGAUCUCAGGCAACAGCUUACUUCUUCUCUUUCACAUGCUCAAGUUUAUUUGUGGGCACAAGUCCAGACUCACUGACCUGUGCAUUGGUCUCUUGUCUCUCAUUCACCUACUGAUGCUACUGGUUGCAGGAUUCAUAGCCACAGACAUUUUUAUUUCUUGGAGGAGAUGGGAUGACAUCACAUGUAAAUUUCUUGUCUACCUAUACAGAAGUUUGAGGGGUCUCUCCCUUUGUACCACCAGCAUGUUGAGUGUCCUCCAGGCCAUCAUCCUCAGUCCUAGAAGCUCCUGUUUAGCAAAGUUCAAGCACAAAUCUCCCCAUUACAUCUCAUGUGCCAUUCUUUUUCUGAGUGCCUUCUAUAUGUUAAUUAGCAGCCAUCUCCUGUUAUCCAUCAUUGCUACUCCAAAUUUGACCAUGAAUGACUUUAUUUAUGUUACUCAGUCCUGCUCCAUUCUACCCUUGAGUUACCUCAUGCAAAGCAUAUAUUCUACACUGCUGGCCAUCAGGGAAUUCUUUCUUAUUAGUCUCAUGUUCCUCUCAACUUGGUACAUGGUAGCCAUCUUGUGCAUGCACAGGAAACAGGCCAAGUAUCUUCAAGGUGCCAGCCUUUCCCAAAAAACAUCCCCAGAGCAAAGGGCCACCCAGACCAUCCUGAUGCUCAUGAGCUUCUUUGUGCUGAUGUCCAUCUUUGACAGCUUUCUCUCCUGCUCAAGAACUAUGUUCCUGAAUGAUCCAACAUCUUACUCUAUCCAGAUCUUUAUGGUGCAAAUCUAUGCCACAGUCAGCCCUUUUGUGUUUAUAAGCACUGAAAAACAUAUAGUUAACUUUUUUAUGUCCAUGGGAAAGAGGGUGAUAAAUGUUUGAAUCUUCAUUAAUAGGUAAGAUCCUUAAAGAAGAGCCAUUGUAAUGGCAUCAGAAUUUUCAGUCAUGGCAUGUGGUCUACGUGCU